AUGGUGGCCGAGACAACCAUGGUUCUUGACCGUCCUCGAAUCGUCAACAGGGAUAUACCACCAAUUCCCUCCGGCACAGGACUUCCUUUUCCUGUCCGACUCCCCUCUCCUACAUCACGACGUACCACGCUUGAAAUUGACAGCGUGGAGAAUAACGUCAACGGUUUUUCCAGCUGCGUAGCAAACGUUCUACUGAACGGCAGAAAACCUACUACGCGAAGGUCCUGUCAUUAUAAAUGGCAAAGAUUCUGUUCUUCCCUAGGGCCUGUAAUAUUAGAGGAUGUACUGAUUGAAGUAUUUAGGACAUUAUAUACACAGUGCAAAGCAGAGCUGGAUCUUCAGGUGGAAUCUUCCUUCAGCAAGGACCAUGCACAACUAAGCAGCAAAUUGAGGGAAAAUAAGAAAACAGCAGAGCUGAUUAAAACUGCCAAUCUUCUGUUUAAUUCCUUUGAGCCAUACUAUAUGUGGGAUUAUAUUGCCCGCUGGUUUGAAGAGUGCUGUAGGAGGACACUGCAUGCCCGACUACAGGCUCUGCCUGGCGGUGGCAGCGAACCUGCUGAACUCCCUCUGACCAAUUUCUGCCUACUAGUUGAUUUUUUGUUGGAUAUAGUCUCUUUGCCUACUAGAAGUAUGAGAGUACUUUGUCAGGAGACUUAUAUUGAAAUACAAACGGAACAUCUGCCUCAGCUGUUGCUCAGAAUGAUCUCUGCAUUGACGAGCCACCUCCAGACAUUGCACCUCUCUGAACUAACAGAUUCCUUGAGGCUCUGCUCCAAGAUACUUAGCAAAGUUCAGCCUCCGUUGUUAUCUGCUGGUACUGAUGGUGCACUGCAGCUUUUAAGCAGACACAGCAGCAUCAAAGAAUGGGAAGAGAGAAAGAUGCCACUGGUUUCUGUAGAAAUUCCUGGUGAGGUGUUUGAAGAUGGUGAAAAUCCUCCAAGUAGUCGAUCAUCGGAAAGUGGCUUCACUGAGUUUGUCCAGUACCAGGCAGAUACAGUGGACGACAUUGACAGGAUAUUAAGUGGGGGUUCGGGGACAGCUAGCAUUGCCAUCAUAGGUAGUGCCUCCUCAGAGACUGAGACAGCCUCUACCGUGGGUUCUGAGGAGACCAUAGUGCAGCCUCCUUCCAAGAUGACACAGGGGACAGAAUCUCGAGGUGGGAAGACAACAGCAGUUCAAAAGACUGCAAUGCAGUGCUGCUUGGAGUAUGUCCAACAGUUUUUAACCAGAUUUAUCAACCUGUAUAUCAUUCCAAGCAAUUCCUUGUCUCGGCCUUUGGCAGCGGAGAUUCAGGAGGACCUUGCUAGAGCGAAAGGAGAGGCUGCACAAGGCAAUAGAGACUCUCAAGGAGAUGCAGAUAAAGGGAAGAAAUCAAAUAAGAAGACCACACCAAAAGAAUACCUCUCUGCCUUUAUUGCUGCAUGCCAGCUCUUCCUUGAAUGUUCAAGUUUUCCUGUUUACAUUGCAGAGGGAAAUCAUACUUCAGAAAUACCUGAUGAAAAGACAGAUGUUGAUUGUGAACAAGAGCAACCUCCCCUGUGGCUCCAGACUCUCAUGAGUGCCUGCAGGCAAGCAAAUGAUUUUAGAAUCCAAGGUGUUACUAUUUCUCUAAUAAUGGACUUGGUUGGUUUGACUCAGUCAGUUGCUAUUGUCACGGGAGAAAACCUAAGCAGCGUUGAAACCGCACCACCUCUGAGUCCAAAUCAAGGAAGAGUGGCUGUUGUCAUUAAACCUCCACUUACUCAAGGCAACCUGCGAUACAUGGCUGAGAAGACAGAUUUUUUCAAGCAUGUGGCUUUAACUCUGUGGGACCAGUUGGGUGAUGGAACCCCUCAGCAUCACCAGAAGAGUGUGGAGCUUUUUUUCCAAUUGCACAAUUUAGUUCCAUCUUCUAGCAUUUGCGAGGAUGUUAUAAGUCAGCAGUUAACUCACAGGGAUAAGAAAACCAGGAUGGAAGCGCAUGCAAAGUUUGCAGUACUUUGGCAUCUCACCCGAGACUUGCAUAUUAACAAGUCAUCUUCAUAUGGCCGUUCAUUUGACAGGUCCUUGUUUAUUAUGUUAGACAGCCUUAACAGCUUAGAUGGUUCUACCUGGUCAGUGGGCCAAGCCUGGCUAAAUCAGGUACUCCAAAGGCAUGACAUUGCAAGGGUCCUGGAGCCUUUGCUUCUGCUGCUCCUCCAUCCCAAAACUCAGCGCGUUUCUGUUCAGCGGGUGCAAGCGGAGUGCCACUGGAAUAAAUUUCCCUCUUACCUUGAAGAUGAAAAUGAAAAGCAUUUUAUGCAGAAAUUUAACUGUAGCGGAGCAUUUGUCCACGUGCCUCUAAGACAAGAGCAAGACAUUUCAGUUAAAGAAAACAAUGAAAAGCCACUUACUAUGGAUGAAAUGGAGAACUUCAGUCUCACAGUCAACCCACUGAGUGACAGGAUUUCCUUACUGAGUACAAGCAGUGAAACCCUCCCUAUGGCUGUAUCUGAUUUUGACCUUCCUGACCAUCAGAUAGAAAUAUUGCAAAGUUCAGACUCUGGCUGUUCCCAGUCAUCUGUUGGGGAUAACCUGAGCUAUGAUGUGGAGACAGAAGGCAUGGCUCCACCAGAUGACUCUCAACAUAUGGGAAGAGAUUCACCAGAUGAAAUUGUACAGCAGGUGGUCAUUGACUUGAUACACAAGGUUGUGAGUGGGCUGGGUGAAGAUGCUGAGCCAGAUAAGCAUUACCUGUAUUCAGAAGAUAGCCCUGCUGAAUUAAAUGCAUUGGACCCCUCAGAAGAGGGGAACAACUCCGAGGAUCAAAAUAUUCAAGGCAGUCAGACCAGUUUGCUCAAUGAUAACAGCUCCCAGUUGUUAUCUGUCUCAACCGAGGCAGGACUUGAAAGCAUUCCCAAUGAAAUCUCCAGAAACAAUUCCUCUCCUUGCAUCUCAGUAAGCCAGCAGAGUCUCAGCGACUCAACUUUCAUAUCAACAGAAGCAAAGUCUAGACAGCGAAGUCACAGCAGCAUCCAGUUCAGCUUCAAAGGGAAAUUGCCUGAAAAAAUGUCAGAAAAGGAAACCAUUGUGAAAGAGUCUGGUAAGCAGCCAGGGGCAAAGCCCAAAGUCAAAAUAGCCAAAAGGAAGGAUGAAGAGAAGAAGAAAGCACAAGCAGAGAAGCUUAAACAAAGCAGUGUUUUCUUCAGCGAUGGCCUUGACUUGGAAAACUGGUACAGCUGUGGGGAGGGGGAAAUCUCAGAAAUUGAGAGUGAUGCAGGCUCACCGGGACUGCGAAAGUCACCCCAUUUUAAUAUCCAUCCAUUAUACCAGCACGUGUUGUUAUAUCUUCAAGUGUAUGAUUCCUCAAGGACUCUGUAUGCUUUUUCUGCAAUUAAAGCCAUCUUGAAAACAAACCCUUCCGCUUUUGUGAAUGCCAUCUCUACCACCAGCGUCAACAAUGCCUACACUCCCCAGCUGUCCUUACUUCAGAACCUUUUGGCCAGACACCGCAUAUCUGUUAUGGGCAAAGACUUCUACAGCCACAUUCCAGUGGACUCGAAUCAUAACUUUCGAAGCUCCAUGUAUAUUGAGAUCCUGAUUUCUCUGUGCUUAUACUACAUGCGCAGCCACUAUCCAACCCAUGUGAAAGUCUCCCCACAAGACCUGAUAGGGAACCGCAACAUGCAGAUGAUGAGCAUUGAAAUCUUGACUCUUCUCUUUGCUGAGCUGGCAAAAGUGGUGGAAAGUUCGACAAAAGGCUUCCCAAGCUUUAUUUCAGACAUGCUGUCCAAAUGCAAAGUCCAGAAGGUGGUUCUGCACUGUUUGCUGUCCUCCAUUUUUAGUGCCCAGAAGUGGCACAGCGAGAAGGGAGCUGGCAAAAACAUAGUGGCCAUUGAGGAAGGAUUCUCUGAAGACAGCCUCAUUAACUUCUCUGAGGAUGAGUUUGACAAUGGCAGCACCCUCCAGUCCCAGCUCCUAAAAGUCCUUCAGCGGCUAAUUGUUCUGGAGCAUCGAGUGAUGACCGUGCCAGAGGAGAAUGAAGCCGGCUAUGAUUUUGUUGUAACCGACUUGGAGCACAUCAAUCCCCAGCAGCCAAUGACUUCCCUUCAGUAUUUACACUCCCAACCAAUAACCUCUCAGGGCAUGUUUCUCUGUGCCGUGAUAAGGGCCUUACACCAGCACUGUGCCUGUAAAAUGCACCCCCAGUGGAUCGGCCUCAUCACUUCUUCUCUGCCUUACAUGGGGAAAGUCCUCCAGAGGGUUGUGGUUUCUGUGACCCUCCAGCUGUGCAGGAACCUGGAUAAUUUGAUUCUGCAGUACAAAUACGAAACAGGAUUGUCUGACAGUAGGCCCAUUUGGAUAGCAUCAGUUACUCCACCAGAUAUGAUGCUGACCCUUUUGGAAGGCAUUACAACAGUGAUUCACUACUGCUUACUUGAUCCGACUGCACAAUAUCAUCAGCUUCUGGUUACUGUAGAUCAGAAGCACAUGUUUGAAGCACGCAGUGGCAUCUUGUCUAUUCUUCAUAUGAUCAUGUCAUCUGUGACUCUUCUGUGGAGCAUCCUGCACCAGGCAGAUUCUUCAGAGAAAAUUGCUGCAGCAGCUGCUGCUUCUAUUACCACUAUUAAUCUUGGAUCUACAAAGAAUCUGAGACAGCAAAUUCUUGAAUUACUGGGCCCAAUCUCAAUGAAUCAUGGUGUUCAUUUUAUGGCAGCUAUUGCAUUUGUAUGGAAUGAAAGGAGGCAGAACAAAAAUGCUGCGAGGACCAAGGUCAUUCCUAUUGCCAGUGAAGAACAGCUCCUGCUGGUGGAGUUAGUUCGUUCAAUCAGUGUUAUGAGAACAGAGACCGUUAUGCAAACAGUGAAAGAAGUUUUAAAGCAACCACCAGCAAUUGCUAAGGACAAGAAGCAUCUGUCACUGGAAGUCUGCAUGCUGCAAUUUUUCUUCGCAUACAUUCAGAGGAUCCCAGUGUCCAACCUAGUAGACAGUUGGGCCUCACUUCUGCUUCUUCUGAAGGAUUCCAUUCAACUUGGCCUUCCAGCUCCAGGGCAAUUUCUUAUACUUGGUGUUUUAAAUGAAUUUAUCAUGAAAAACCCCACUUUGGAUAAUAAGAAGGACCAAAGAGAUCUUCAGGAUGUAACCCACAAGAUAGUAGAUGCCAUUGGGGCAAUUGCUGGCUCAUCCUUGGAACAGACAACAUGGCUAAGACGAAAUUUAGAAGUUAAGCCUUCCCCCAAGAUAAUGGUUGAUGGAAACAAUUUGGAGUCUGAUGUUGAAGAUAUGUUGUAUCCGGCUAUGGAAACCUCAAGUAUAACUCCAUCAGUAUAUAGUGUUCAUGCCCUAACAUUGCUUUCUGAGGUUUUGGCACAUCUUUUGGAUAUGGUUUUCUACAGUGAUGAAAAGGAAAGAGUUAUUCCGCUCCUUGUAAAUAUAAUGCAUUAUGUUGUGCCUUACCUUCGUAAUCACAGUGCCCAUAAUGCGCCCAGUUACCGAGCCUGCGUUCAGCUCUUGAGCAGUCUGAGUGGCUAUCAGUACACGAGAAGAGCAUGGAAAAAGGAAGCAUUUGACCUAUUUAUGGAUCCCAGCUUCUUUCAGAUGGAUGCUUCCUGUGUUAAUCAUUGGAGAGCAAUUAUGGAUAAUUUGAUGACCCACGACAAAACCACAUUUAGGGAUUUGAUGACCCGUGUAGCUGUAGCUCAGAGCAGCUCACUCAACUUAUUUGCAAAUCGAGAUGUGGAACUGGAACAGCGAGCCAUGCUCCUCAAGAGGCUAGCUUUUGCUAUUUUUAGCAGUGAAGUGGACCAAUACCAGAAGUAUCUUCCAGAUAUACAAGAAAGGCUGGUAGAAAGUCUCCGCUUGCCACAGGUGCCCACCCUUCACUCCCAAGUGUUCCUGUUUUUCAGAGUCUUGCUUUUAAGAAUGUCUCCACAGCAUCUAACCUCACUUUGGCCCACCAUGAUCACAGAAUUGGUUCAGGUAUUUUUACUGAUGGAACAGGAACUCACAGCUGAUGAAGAUAUCUCCAGAACGUCAGGCCCAUCUGUGGCUGGCCUGGAAACCACAUACACGGGAGGCAAUGGAUUCUCGACAUCCUAUAACAGCCAGAGAUGGUUAAACCUUUAUUUAUCAGCUUGUAAAUUUCUGGAUCUAGCCCUGGCAUUGCCCUCUGAAAAUCUUCCUCAGUUUCAGAUGUAUCGUUGGGCAUUUAUUCCAGAAGUUUCAGAUGACUCAGGGUUGGAGGUUCGAAGGCAAGGCACCCACCAAAGGGAAUUUAAACCAUAUGUGGUACGAUUAGCAAAACUACUGCGAAAAAGAGCCAAGAAGAAUCCAGAAGAGGACAGCUCAGGGAAAAUGCUCCAUUGGGACCCUGGUCACUUGCUCCUGACCACCUGUGCCAUCCGCAGCAUUGAGCAGCUUCUGCCUUUCUUCAAUGUCCUGAGCCAAGUUUUUAACAGCAAAGUCACCAGCAGGAGCGCUGUACAUUCGGGGAGCCCCAUGUUUCACCCAACCUCAUUCCCCAACAAGGACAUCAAAAUGGAGAACCAGAAGACAUUCUCCAGUAAAGCAAGACAAAAAAUUGAAGAGAUGGUGGAGAAGGACUUUCUGGAAGGUGUCAUAAAGACAUAAGGCACCCAAAGCAAAAUGUUCAUCUUAAAUGUAAGAUAUUUUCAGCUGAAACCACCCCAUCCUUCCAGAGUGUAUAGUUUCCUUUUUUCAUACUUUGUAUGUAAUGUAAACUUCAGGAUGUAUUUAAUUUAAAUAUCUGUAAAUAAGUUCUGGAUGUGGCCUGAAUCAAGUUCAAAUAUCAU